UUCACGAACCAAUCACCAAAUGGCCGCCUCUGAAGUGAGUGUAGCAGAGGACCCUCUGUUCCCAAACGCCAUUGUUGAACAUGCCGUUAACUACAAAGGCCGUCCAGUCGGCCGAGCCAACUCCGGUGGAUGGAGAUCGGCGUCAUUCAUUAUAGGUGUGGAAGUGGCGGAGAGGUUUGCAUACUACGGAAUCAGCUCCAACCUAAUCACCUACCUGACGGGGCCGCUGGGUCAAUCCACCGCCACGGCGGCGGAGAACGUCAAUGCCUGGUCUGGAAUGGCGAUGCUGUUGCCGCUUCUAGGUGCGUUCGUGGCAGACUCAUUUCUCGGCCGAUUUCGCACCAUUAUCGUUUCAUCCCUUCUGUAUAUCCUUGGACUUGCCUUUUUAACCCUUUCUGCUGUCCUUCCGUUCAGCAAUUCCGACUGCAAAACUGGUGCAGACAUUAAAGCAUGUUCUCCUCCUCAACUCCAGAUUAUCUUCUUUUUCUUUGCACUGUAUCUAGUAGCUCUUGCACAAGGAGGGCACAAACCCUGUGUUCAGGCUUUUGGAGCUGACCAGUUUGAUGUGCAUGAUUCAAGGGAGUGCAAACAGAAAAGCUCCUUCUUCAACUGGUGGUAUUUUGGCAUAUGUUUUGGCGCUUUUGUUACUAUCUUGGUGAUGAGUUACAUUCAAGAUAACCUAAGUUGGGGUCUUGGCUUUGGGAUUCCUUGCAUUGUCUUGGUUCUUGCACUAAUCAUAUUCUUACUAGGAACUACAACUUAUCGGUUCAGUGCCAACCACAACAUGAAAAACCCAUUCAUGAGAAUUGGUAAAGUAUUUGUCAAAGCAGUAAAGAAUUGGCGGAUUCCGCAAUCUGUAAUUUGCAUAGAAGAGGAAAGUCAUGGAAUCCCUCCCUGUUCCCAACAGUAUCGGUUCCUUAACAAAGCAAUGCUUGCUCCCAAUGAUUCGCAAGAUGGGGAGGUUUGCACCAUCAGCAAUGUUGAAGAAGCAAAAGCAGUUCUAAGUCUUGCUCCAAUAUGGAUUUCUUGUUUGGUGUAUGGGAUUGUAUAUUCCCAGUCAGAAACUUUAUUCACCAAGCAGGGCUUCACAAUGGACAGGUCCAUAGGUAAAAAUCUUGAAGUCCCAGCUGCUGCUCUUCAAUGCUUCAUUGCCUUUACCAGUCUUUUCUUGGUCCCCUUCUAUGACUGCAUAUUCGUUCCAAUUACCAGAGCCAUCAGUGGGAAGCCCUCAGGGAUAACAACACUUCAACGAGUUGGGGUCGGGUUAUUUCUAUCAAUUGUCACGAUGGCGAUAGCAGCUCUGGUCGAAAGCAGGCGCCUCAGAGUUGCUCGAGCAUAUCAGUUGGUCGAUUUGCCUGAGGCAACAGUUCCAAUGAGCGUGUGCUGGUUAAUACCUCAGUACGUAUUAUAUGGAAUUUUUGAACUAUUCGCCUCGGUUGGUAUGCAGGAGUUUUUCUAUGAUCAAGUGCCAAACGACCUGAGAAGCAUUGGGCUUGCUCUUUUCCUCAGUGUGUUUGGGGUAGGGAGCUUCCUAAGCAGUCUUCUCAUUUCUGUCAUUCAGAAAGCAACCAUUAAUGGGGAAGGUAGUGAAGGGUGGAUCUCCGACAACUUGAAUAAGGGACAUCUGGAUUACUUCUAUUGGCUACUGGCAUUGCUUAGCACAGUCGCAUUCGCAGUCUACCUGUACUUCUCGAGAUCAUACAUGUAUAACGUCGUGGAUGGCUCUGUCGAUUUCAAAGGCCGCCCCGCUGCCCGAUCCAGAACGGGGCGGUGGCGAUCCGCAUCCUUCAUCAUAGGUGUGGAAGUGGCAGAGAGGUUUUCCUAUUAUGGAAUAAGUUCGAAUCUGAUAAGCUAUCUCACUGGGCCUCUCGGCCAAUCGACGGCGGCGGCGGCGGCCAAUGUCAACGCCUGGUCCGGAGUUGCGUCGCUUUUGCCGCUUUUGGGUGCCUUCCUGGCCGACUCAUUUCUUGGUCGGUACCGGACAAUUGUGAUCUCCUCCCUGCUCUAUACCCUGGCGCUGGGCUUCCUGACCAUCUCUACUGUGCUUCCUUUCGAGUCUUCUGACUCUCAAAAUGGUGCAGGCUCUCCUCCUCAGUUCCAAGUUAUCUUCUUCUUCUUUGCUCUAUACCUUGUGGCACUAGCACAAGGUGGGCACAAGCCUUGUGUUCAAGCUUUCGGGGCUGAUCAGUUCGAUACUCAAGAUCCGCAAGAAUGCAAAGCCAAAAGCUCGUUCUUCAACUGGUGGUAUUUCGGGAUGUGCUUUGGCGUUAUGGUUACACUCUGGAUUUUGAACUAUGUUCAGGACAACCUUAGUUGGGGUCUCGGGUUUGGUAUCCCUUGUGUAGUAAUGGCUCUUGCUCUUGUUAUCUUCUUGCUUGGGACUUUUACUUAUCGUUUUCGCCAAGACAGAGAUGAGAAGAAUCCGUUUGUGAGAAUUGGCCGUGUAUUUAUCUACGCCGCUAGGAACCACAAGACUAGCUCUGCAGCGAUAGCCUCGGAACAGGAGACUCAGGGAAUUCUACCUAAUGAAGGUUCUCAGCAGUUCAAGUUCCUUAACAAGGCACUGCUUGCUCCCGAUGGUUCAAAGGAGGAUGGAGAAGUUUGUAGCAUGAGCGAGGUUGAAGAAGCUAAGGUCAUUCUCAGAUUGGCUCCGAUAUGGGUGACAUGUUUAGUGUAUGCCAUCGUGUUUGCACAGUCAUCUACUCUAUUCACGAAGCAAGGAGCUACGAUGAAUAGAUCUAUUGGUUCGAAUCUUCAAAUACCCCCUUCUACACUCCAAACUUUCAUUAGCCUUUCUGUUGUCAUCUUUAUCCCUAUAUACGACUGCAUUUUUGUUCCCGUUACACGAGCUGUAACUGGAAAGCCCUCGGGAAUAACAAUGCUUCAAAGAAUUGGAACGGGAAUCCUUUUAUCUGUCGUCUCUAUGGUGAUUGCAGCUAUAGUAGAACAGCAACGUCUUCAAAUUGCUUCGGACCACGGGUUAAUUGACAAGCCCGAUGCAACGGUUCCCAUGAGCGUGUGGUGGCUAAUACCCCAGUACGCAUUGUUUGGCAUUUCAGAUGUAUUCACCAUGGUCGGGCUACAAGAGUUUUUCUACGAUCAGGUGCCCAAGGAGCUGAAAAGCAUAGGUCUCGCUUUGUACCUCAGUAUAUUUGGCAUCGGGAGCUUCUUGAGCAGCUUUCUCAUCUCUAUCAUCGAGCAAGCCACCGGUAAAGAUGGCGGAGACAGUUGGUUUUCUGACAACUUGAACAGGGCGCAUCUUGACUACUUCUACUGGCUCCUCGCCGGACUUUCUGCACUUUCAUUGCUUGCAUACUUGUAUUUUUCAAGAUCUUAUGUCUACAACAAAGCCAUUGUGAUAUAAAAUGCUUGGGCAAUCUUUGUACUAUCUUGAACUUGUAAUGUAUUAGUUAUGCCAUUUUAUGAACUUGUAAGUAUUAAUUAAUGUACUAAUCAGUAUGCUUGGACGAUUAUAUUGUAGGUUCAUAUGUAAUUUUGGAUAUUGUGGUUUAUGAUUUGUGAGCUUGAUUAUCUACUUGUAUUAA